CAUUCCUCCUGUGCCAUGGUCGCCCCCUCCCUCUCACGCAGGCAGGCGGCGGCGGGUCACAUGGUGCGGGGGGAGGGAGCGCGGCCUGUGGGACCCGGAUCCGCCGCCAUGCCGCUGCCUGUACCCGGCUGUCCUCGGCUCGGCCCAGCCCUGGGCCUGCUCCUGCUGCUCCUGGGUCCGGCGCGGCCCAUCUCCUUCCAGCUGCCGGGCAAGGCCCGCAAGUGCCUGCGCGAGGAGAUCCACCGCGACACGCUGGUCACCGGCGAGUACGAGAUCGGGGUCCCGCCGGGGGCGGCCAGCGGCCCGUCCGCCAAUCUCAAGAUAACUGACUCAGCUGGACACAUCCUCUACUCCAAGGAGGAUGCCACUAAGGGCAAGUUCGCCUUCACCACUGAAGACUAUGAUAUGUUCGAGGCUUGCUUCGAGAGCAAACUCCCUGUGGGAACGGGGCGGAUGCCGGACCAGCUCGUGAUCCUGGACAUGAAGCAUGGAGUGGAAGCAAAGAACUAUGAGGAGAUUGCUAAAGUGGAGAAGUUGAAGCCCCUGGAAGUGGAACUGCGGCGCCUGGAGGACCUCUCAGAGUCCAUUGUUAAUGACUUUGCUUACAUGAAGAAGCGAGAGGAGGAGAUGCGGGACACCAAUGAGUCAACCAACAUCCGGGUCCUGUACUUCAGCAUCUUCUCCAUGUUCUGUCUCAUCGGACUGGCUACCUGGCAGGUCUUCUAUCUGCGUCGCUUCUUCAAGGCCAAGAAGCUGAUUGAGUAAAGGGGUAAUUCCCCUUCCCCUCCUCUCAAACCCAGCUGGACACCGCUGGGACCCAGCCAUGGCCCUCCAGAGCCAUCUUGCAGAUGAUACAUGCUGAGUGGAGGUUUUCUUCAGGAACUGUCCCUUAAGAGGGGAGGGGAGUAUAAGCACUGGAGACUACAAAGGGGCUUGUGACCUCCUGGUGGGGGCGGGGGAGGUUGUGGUGGGUUUGGGGACUCCUAAAGCAGUGAUGAAAUAAAAUUUGUUUCUGUGACAGCUGCAGUUGGUUUUGCAGGCUGUCUUUUCUCCUUUUAUAUUCUAAGCUUGGUGUCUCCCAUCUGUCUGUGACCAUUGCGUUACUCUGAGCAACUUGAACCGGCUAUGCUCAUUAGGUGCCAUGCAGCUAGAAUUUGGGGAGGGGGAACUCCGAAGUUCUGGAACCCAACCCAAUGCAAACAGAACUUGGUGCAAAGUGACGGGUUGCAGUGCUAGCAGGGAGGGGGCACUGAAUUUUAGCCUCUGUCAUAGACCUUGGUGUUUCUCCCUGUGGGAGAUGGAAUCUUUGCGAUGAUGGGUCAAUGCAUUCAGGCAGAUAAGAGUUGAGUUUGGAGGAUGGGGGGCUAACAGGCUCUGCAAGAUGUUGCUGAGCCUGAAGAGAAACCUGCCUGACUCAAACAAGCUGUUGAGAGUCAGCCCCACCCUGUCCCCACAUGUUUGUCUUGGAUUUGCUUCUCUUUCUGAAACGAUGCAGCAGUUCCCUGAAAGUGCUGUGGUCACUGAGGGACCUUUGUGUGGAGGCAGAAGGCCUUGCUCAGAUUCAGAUUUUCAGUGCAUGCUUGGGCCCAUCUUUGGAAUGGGAGCAUGGUAGGUUGGGAACUUUGUGAGGGCCUCUUCUCAUCUGACUCUGUUAGAGUUAAUGCCAAGUGUAGCUGGCUGGACCCUCAUUCCCUGUACAUGACAUGCCCUGCUUUGUGUUCUGGGGAUGUGUGGGGCCCCCUACAGGCUGGCAUUCAGAGGAGCCGAGGGAGUGCAGAUGAAGUGGAGUACAGUACACAGUGGGAACACGGAUGUGCCCCUUCUGAGGUCUCUGAGUUGACGAGCGCAUGUGACAAUUGCAGAAAUGUCUUGGGGACUCCCCUAAACUGGUGAGAGUAGCUGUGCUGUAUGUAGUGAGAGGCCCUCUGUAGUCCUACUGCCUCUAGCACGCUGUUGGAUUAAACAGGCCAGGUAGGUUCAUUUUCUGGACUUAUCCCACAAGGGUUUCUGGGCAGAAUGAUGAAAAUUCUUUCACCUUCCCUUAGAGCAAAAAGACCAUCAGGGCCUAGCCCCUGGUCACACAUCCCUCGUCCUUCCAGCCCAGAGGUCUCCCUGCCAUUCAGACAAAGCAGCAUUUGUGUUUUCUGAAAUUACGUUGGGAAAUGUUUUUCUAGUCUGAAUUUAUCCUGCUAUUAAAAAAAAAAAAAAAAAGCCCAGAGGCAGCCAGGAAGGAAGAGGAGAAAAUUGAAAGCAAGACCCUCCAUUGUUUUCUAAAUCCAUUAGACAAGUCGGAGUUUUGUAUCAUUUAUCCUGAAAUUUUGUAUCUUUUUAGGUUUUUUGCUCUUUCCUCACUAGCCCUCCUCCCCCUUCCCCACCUACAAGAUCCUGACCUCGUUAGUUCUACCUGCAAGUGCCCAAGCUGCUUUUAAUUUCUGCUUUUUUAACAGCUCUGUUCAGAACCCAGGGCCCACCUGCUUUAUCCCUUUAAGCACUGGGAAGCUGUUACAACACCACAGCAGCGAUGUCUCAGGAUGGGACUGAGCUAGAAGAGAUAGUUACAGGUAAUUUAGCUUCCCACAGUCUGAAGCCUGUAGCAGAUCUGCUAAGGCUUAAAAAAGUUGAGAAUGAAAAGAAUGUUUGGAGGCGCUUCUCCUGUCUCUGCUUUUGCUCACCCCUUCGCUAAGUUGGCACACUGAGAUCUCUUACAUAAAUGAGGUUGUGAGGCUAGCAUUACAUCCGGGUGACUGUUGCUCUGUAGUUACAUUGAAGUUGCUCGGCCUCUGUCUCUGCUCUUAGUUCUUGUAUGGGGACUGGGGAACAGACCUGGGGAACUUGUAUAGAAUUGCCUGUAAUUACUGGUCUGGGGAUUUUGUCAUUUUUCUCAAAUAAAGUUUCCUUUGGAAAAAUAA